GAAAGUAUAACUUAACAAAGUAAUAUUCAAAGAAAGAAAAACGUUUUUGGCACUAUAAAUUACUCCGGAGUCCAGAGCCCCAGCAGAGGAAGAAGCUCCUCCAGAGCCCCCGCAGAGGAAGAAGCUCAAAGAAAACGUUUUUGGCACUAUAAAUUACUCCGGAGCCCCAGUAGAGGAAGAAGCGAAGCACCGGAACGAAAAAAAAAAAAACGUUUUUGGCACCAUAAAUUACUCCAGAGCGCCAGUAGAUGAAGAAGCGAAGCACCAGAGCGCAAAAAAGACGUUUUUGGCGCUAUAAAUUGCUCCAGAACGCCAGUAGAGGAAGAAGCGAAGCACAAAUUGAGUUUCACAGUAGUUGAGGGAUUUGGUGAGUGAAGCGGAUAAAUCAAUGGCAUCCUGCUCCGUCGCAACAAACACUUUCCAUUUGCGCCCCUCCGACGUCUGCGCAUUUCGCAACCCUCCUCCCUCAGCCUUCGCCCGCGCAGGCCGUGUAUCACUGCUGCCUGCGACCUCUCGCCGCUCGUCAAAGCCUUUCGCUUCCUUAAGCGCUUCUACUGAUACAAGUGUAAAGGAGGCUGUUGAAACUGAUAAGGCUCCAGCUGCACUGGGGCCUUACUCUCAAGCCAUCAAAGCAAAUAAUCUUCUUUUUGUAUCUGGAAUGCUUGGUCUUGAUCCAGAGACUGGGGAGUUUGUGUCUGAUGAUGUGGAGGACCAAACAGAGCAGGUUCUAAAGAACAUAGGGGAGAUACUCAAAGCGGGUGGUGCUAACUAUAGCAGUGUUGUUAAGACUACAAUCUUGUUAGCUGAUUUGAAGGACUUUAACAAAGUGAAUGCGAUAUAUGCUAAAUAUUUCUCACCACCAGAACCAGCCCGUGCAACUUUUCAGGUGGCAGCACUACCCAAGGAUGCAAAGAUAAAAAUUGAAUGCAUAGCAGCAUUGUAAAGUCCCAGUAGUCUUGGCUAUAAUCCAGCUUGUUGGGCUGUUAUAAUUAAUAAUGCCAUGGUUAAAUGUCUAGACCUUCUUGUACACCAAGUCUUGGCUAUAAUCCAGCUUGUUGGGAAUGGGCUGUUAUAUUUAAUAAUGCCAUGGUUACAUGUCUAGAGUCUAGACCUUCUUGUUUAAAGACUGGGUGCUUAAGAAUGUAGUAUUUUUGAAGCAUUUGCUAUUUAGACUGCCAUGGAUGAUGAGUAACUGAA